UUCCAACAAUAUGUAAAAGUCAAGGAAUUUUAGAUUUUUGUAUACCUGAAAAUAGUUAUAACGAAGAGAAUAUUAAACAAAUAAUGAAAGAUUAUAAAAGUAUUUUAAAAGUAGAUAUCGUAUAUGAGAAUGAAAUUAAAUUAUAUAAUACAUUAGUUAAACAAUUAAAAAAAAAUGAUAAUAAAAAGAUUUAUUUAGAAAAAAUAUGGGAUUAUCUAGUAAGGAGAAAAAUAGAAAUUAAUGAUGAUAUAGAUUUAAUAGAAAUUGCUAAUUUAGGAUUUGAAGUAUAA